CGUUGCCUUCUUUGGCGCACAAAGAACAGAAAAAACCAACAAAUACAAAAAGGACAGAGACAACUCUCUCUCUCUCUCUCUGCGCAGAAAUCUCUGCGACUCCCAAUCCACCGUAUAAAUUCGGUAGCCCGACAUUCAUUCGCCAAUUUCGCUUCGGGAUUUGAUCCGCAUUCAAUCCGUUCUGGGUGUCUGUGCCUCUCUCUCUCUCUCUCUCUGUUCGUCUGCGUUCUUUUCGUUCUUUGGGGGGUGAGAGAGCUCGCUUCUGGGGAAGGAGAUCCAGCUCCCGAGGCUCCGUUAUGGCGUUCCAGCUUCUCCGCUCAUGAUCUCUCCUCGUCCUCCUACCCAGUGGGAGAAGAUGCUGUGAGAUUAGUGAUCUGAAGGUGGACACUGUGAAUUCAUUCCAAUAUUUUUCUUUUGCUGUUGCUUCAGAGUUUCUAUGAUGGAUGAUAACGGUGGUGCCAAGUUGACUGGGAUCAGGCAGAUUGUCAGACUUAAGGAACUCCUCCACAAGUGGCAGUCUGUCACGCUAAGCUCAAAGGCAGACAACCCUGAUCCUGAAGAAGGCCAAGGGAACAUCUCACCUUUGAUUAAUAAGAGGAUUGCCAAUUUGCAGUGUUGUGACUCGGAUGAAGACAGCUGCCCUAGCCCUGAACCACCAGCAGAUGUUCCAAAAGGAUAUUUGGCAGUUUACGUUGGACAGGAGCUUCGGAGGUUCAUCAUUCCUACUAGCUAUCUUAGUCAUCCGCUUUUCAAGGUGUUGCUGGAAAAGGUCGAGGAGGAAUUCGGUUUUGAUCACAGUGGCGGGCUCACAAUCCCAUGCGAAAUUGAGACCUUCAAGUUUCUACUGAAAUACCUGGAGAAUCAUCAAAAUGCAGAACCUGACCCUGAUGAAAGCUCCGCUGAAAAUUCAGAAACUGCUGAAGAGUGACGACAGCGCUGUCGGUAGAUUGCUCAGAUCCUAGGACAGACUGUGGUGCCGAGCAAGGUCUCUCGUAACGCAGACAUCUUGUUUUUCCAUUUUUAACAAAUUUCUCUUCUGGAAAAUAUGAGGAACUGUAGGAACUCUUUAGUUUAGCUUUUUUAAAGUGUGCUGGCGGAGUUCAAUGGUAGAGUUCAUAACAGAUCUUUUGCAUCUGUAUGUUCUCUCUGGUACUUGCAUGAGACCUCUUUUCUAAUGUCAAAUUGACCUCAUUCACAAAGAACGAUGAAAUCAACUGACACCCUGUAUAUGA